AUGUCCCCUUUACACCUGGAACAAACAAAUUUGCCUCGGGACAGAGUUUUUGGAAAAUCGACUGGAAAACGAAAAAAGGACUUCUCUUUUGGAACUUGGAACGUGCGUACACUAUAUAAAUCUGGAGCAGUUCACAACAUAGUGAAUGAAGUUGAAAAAUAUAAAGUUAAAUUAACAGCAUUGCAAGAAAUUAGAUGGACCAAUACAGGGACGAUAAAUAUUAACGAAACAACUAUCUUCUACGGUGGCUGUACUGAGCAACGUCAAUUAGGAACGGGUUUUGCGGUACACAAAGAUUUAGUCCCUGUAGUUAAAGAAUUCAAAGACAUUAAUUCUAGAAUGAGUGUCUUAACAAUAGAAGCACAGUGGUUUAUAAGCUUCGUAAAUGUACAUGCUCCAACGGAGGACAAAUCUCAAGAUGAGAAAGAAGCGUUUUAUGAACAAUUGGAAAGUGCACUGAACUUGAUUCCUAGCAAUAGGAUACAAAUUGUUCUAGGAGAUCUAAAUGCCAAAGUUGGGAAAGAAGAAAUGUUUAGACAAGUGACAGGAGGACACAGUUUACACGAUGAGACAAACGACAACGGAACUAAACUAAUUAACUUUGCAAUCUGGAAUGGUUUAGUAAUAAGGAGUACAAUGUUCCCACAUAAAAAUAUACAUAAGGGAACUUGGAGGUCACCUGAUGGAAGAUAUACUAACCAAAUAGACCAUAUCCUGGUCAAUUCAAGAUUUAAAAAUUAUAUCCAAGAUGUCAGAUCGGUUAGAGGGGCAGACUCGGACUCAGAUCACUAA